CACCAGCGGAGCUCCAUUGCGGACCGAGUUCCUGAGGGGAAUCCGCUAAAAUAUUCGAGACCUGGGAGCGGGGCCGGGUCCGAAGAUAACCUGACGAACGGUUUUGUAGUGUACGUACAAGCCCCGAAACGCAACGAAACGGCAGCAGGUGGCCGGGCCGCACCGUGAUCCAGUUUCCCUCCCCUCCCCGCCGUCAACUGACAAGGACCCGGACCGGAGCCGCUCGCCCUCAAAUCCACAUAAACUCCGUUGCCGAUCUCCGUCCCCCGGCAGCUACCCCGGCGCCGUACAGAACUACCGCCCGUCAUCCAACACAGCACCAUGGCUUCCAUUUCCAGUAGGCUCAGCAGCCAGUUCGUCCUGCUUGCACACCGCACGGCGCCAUGUGCCAGGACUGCAUCUCAAGCUUCGGUAACACGUUUCGUCCUGGUCUUCGGUUCCGGUUCCGGCUCCGGCUUCCGCACCGCCCAAACGGCACGCUUCUUUGCCUCCAAGGCUAAGAAGGUAGCAAAGAAGCCGACCUCAUCAUCCACUGUCAUCACUACCGUAACCGCUCCUCCCACUGUGGUCCCCGCCUCAUAUGCCGAACAGCUAGCGAAGAAGGGCCGGACCCUCCUCUACGAGGCUCACUCGCACGCCUGGUUCCGCUUCGCCAGCUUCACCACCGGCAGCUUCUGCAUCGCCUACUCGCUCUACAACUACUGGAGCGUCCACCUCAACCCUCCGGCGGACCUGUCCACCUGGGUCCCCUAUGCCUACGGCGUCAUCUGCGCCAUGACCAUUGGCAUGGGCGGCUACUUCUUCAUGGGCUUGCGGCGCAUCAUCCGGCACAUCGAGGCCGUGCCGGCCUCUCAGGUGGUCUCCCAGAUCACCGAUGGCGCAGCCUCGGCCUCCACCAAAAAGUCCAAGGCAUGGGCUGAGCUCCUCACCAGCAAGCCCAAGGCCGUUCCCGUCACCACCCCUACCCCGAUUUACCUCGAGGUCGCCUACAGCCGCGCCAUCCCCUUCUUGCCCAACAAGAAGGAGUACUACCACCCUUCCGAGGUCGAGAUGCCCUUCCGCAUGCAGCUGCUGUGCGAGAAGCUGAACACCCUUAGCGCGCAGAAAAACGUGGGCAAGAAUUUCCCUACCACCAAGACCGGACAGAUCAUUGCGGCGAGCAAGCAGAAGGCUGCCAGGGAGAAGGAGCGCAAGGAAAGGAUGCAGCAUCUGCUCACCCUGCCGUUCAGGGACGCGGCGAAAGUGUUUCGCGGGGCGUAUGAUGGCCUCAGGAGGUCGUUCUACCGUGAGGGCUUUGCCAAGGUCUAUCUGAGGGGCGUGGAGUAUAAGUUGGAUAUGACUUCUGGAUGGGCGCUGGAUGAUGGAAGGGCUAUUGAUCGGUUGGUCCAUGUCAAGCCGAGUGCGAAUAUUAGCGCGUAUUGAGCGGGCGUGCUUGGAAAGGUGAGCCGGGAGCGAAAGGAGUUGCGGUUGCGGUUAGGUAUGCCCCCGUGACUCGUAGGACACGAUAUCGUUCUGUAUAGACUACUGUAGCAUCAACAUAUGUAUAAUAACACGCAGAUGGUAUGGAAUCAAAUAGACGAAGGAAUGGAAAGUUGAACUUCCAAGGAUCAAUACCUUGGGAGUGUGUCCAAAGCUGCUGACUCCAAGGCUUUGACGAAGGUAGGCAGCGUGUCUCGAGUCGCUUGCCCCUUCAAGUAUUUGUUCAUGAAGC